GUUAGAGGUGCGAGGACCAAUUUAGCAGCCGAGAGACGACACCUUGAGAUGUUGCAAGAUAACUUGCAUAUAGUAAGACUUAUUAAUCUACCAAAUAAUCCUUUAAGGGGCAGAAUAGAUCGAAGAGAUUGGAUCAUAUUAGAAUGGUUGGAACAUGGGGAGCUUCGUUCGUUUAUUACGAAGGCGAGAAUAAUGAUAGGAAGAGGAACAAGGUUGCCGAACCGUCUUCUUUGGAGGUUUUUCACAUGUUUGGUAAGGUGCUGUAUAGCUAUGGCCUGGCCCGAUUCUGGCGAAGAAGUACAAAGAAACGUAGAAUUAUCAGGAAUAGUACAUGGUGACCUCCAUCAAGGCAACGGUAUAUUGAUUACCCAGGCUAGAUACGAUAUUAAACUCGCUAACAUGAGUAUAGUACUUCUUGGAGAGCCUCCUAAUGAUGACGAGCAUGGAAUUACACCAAUACUAAAGCUUAUUGACUUCGGCGGCACAGAACAAUACCCCCCAUCUGAGGAUGCAGACAAUCAAAAUGUCUAUGACAUUGGGCAAAUAAUGCUUGGCCUUAUUAACCUAAACCGUGGGCGCGACGCGGCGGGCGACAACCCUUUUUAUACGUGGGGUGAUAGAAGAUAUAGAACCGAAGCUACCGCGCUCAUCCCAACCCCAGAUGGCGUUGAUCAUGCCCUGUGCACUGCAGUCUGCGCCUGUAUGGCGGAAAUCCCUAGUAACCGCCCUUCUUUAAACACUUUGCUUCGGCUUGGAUUAAGAGGCGUGAAUGAAACGGCAGAAGCUUAUGAUAACGCUCUAGGAGAACAAGACGAUAUUAUUUCAUUAACGUGGAAGGCCAUUGUAUAUGACGCCCCAACUGCGGAUGAUGAUGAAUUGACUGAUGAUUGGUCAACCUCAGCUCCUUCGACAGCAGCUCCUUCAGUAGGAAGUCCUUCACCAAAACGUCCUCGACCAAUGCCGCCCCCAGCAGGAGGCAGCCCCUCAACAAGACCGUCUUCAGUAGGAAGCCCCUCACCAAGACAUCCUUCAACAAGACAUCCUGAUACCCCUGGAAGAGAUUCUCCUUUUGGUAGACUACUAUUCCCUCCAACAAAAGCUACUCAAACACCAGGACGUACUAAACGUAAUCCAUCAGAGGAUUCCGCGGGGAUACGAUGGGAAUAAAGGAUAAAAGGAAUGAAAACAUGUUUUAAUGAACAAAAUCCAUAAUAUCAUUGAUGCGACCAUUAUCAUCCGGUUGACCAACCCAAAACCAUGUCUUCGACUUCCACCGCUUCUCAGCCUCCUCACAAGGCCAAAGGGAACC